AUGGUCGCUCCCGUCCCCCCUAACCCUCAAGAGAAAGGCCAGAAGGGAUGGACGAUUGAUUUCGAACAAAAGGUACGCUCGUGGCUCGGGCUUCUUUCACGCCGGUGUCGUCGGCGUCGUUGUGAGCGAUGACGUGGGAUGUCCCCCCCCCCGCCCCCGUUCCAUUCAGGCGCUGAGCGCUGCCCGUGGCCCCCCGCUUCGACGCUGGUGCCCGCUAUUCAAUUUUGGGAUGUGACCUACACAAGACUGACAUCCAGCUGUCUUCGUUCGCUGUUGUAGACGAUCGUCGUCACGGGCGGUAACCGCGGUCUCGGCAAGGGCCUGACCGAAGCGCUCGCACAAGCGAAUGCCAACGUUGGUAAGUCCUCUCAGAACUACGUCGUUUUCGUCGAGAUCAUGCUCUCGUUCUUCUCUUCGAUUCGAUCUGCUGCGUGGCGAUGCGGUGGAGGGUCGCGCUUUGGUGCCGCUGCAGUUGGCGGGGCGGAACGUACGCCGAGCGGCCAUCGUCAUCGUCAUCGUCAUCGAUGGCGCUCCGAUGCGAACUCGGACACUCUUUCUGGCUUGCGGUGAUAUGGGACUUGCUUCCUACGGAACCCCAUACCUAGGCGAUCCUCCAGAUGGCUCACUCGGGUUGAGGCCACAAAUCGAACUUGGGGGAGGUCGUGUAGCUCUUGCACCUCGAGGCGGGAUCGGGCGGAAAGGACUUGCCCAUCUUCGUGAUUGAGCCGGUUCGCUCGGGCCCUCGCUCUAGUGCGGCUUCAGGAGCGUGCCGUUGGUCGAGGGGUGGCUUUCCCGGUUCAUCUCUCUCUCGCUUCCCACCGACGGCCUUUGAUAGUCUGUACAUACAAAGUUGAGGGUUCCGGCCACUGACCAUCGCCGUCUUUCGUACGUGCAGCCAUCAUCUACAACUCGGCCAAGGAUGCCGAGGACGUCGCUGCCGAGCUCUCCAAAAAGUGGUCGGCCAAGAUCAAGGCGUACCAAUGCAACGUCGGGGACGCCGCUCGCGUCAAGGAGGUCUUUAGCCAAGUCGAGUCCGAGAUGGGUCCCAUCGUCGGUGUGAUCGCCAACUCGGGUAUCUCGAUCGUCAAGCCGAUUCUGGACUUGACCGCCGACGACUUUAAGAAGGUCUUUGACGUCAACGUCUUGGGCGUCUUCAACACGAUCCAAGCCGCCGGUGCUUUGUGGAUCCCGCGAAAGUUCCCCGGUUCGAUCGUGAUCGUUUCGUCCAUGUCGUCGCAGAUUGUCAACUCGCCGUAAGUGGAGAGAGAGACUUGACUGAGAUCUCGAGGAAUUUCAUCUGACUCGAUUUGGGUCUUGCGCUCGCAGUUUGACGCAAUGCUUCUACAACUCGUCCAAGGGGGCCGUGUCCAACUUGGGUCGCUGCAUCGCCGCCGAAUGGGCCGAACACAACAUCCGCGUCAACAUGCUCUCGCCCGGGUUCAUCAACACGGAUCAAACGGCGCACAUGCCCGCCGAGUUGAGGGAAGGCCAGGCGAAGCAGGUACCGAUGGGUCGCUUCUCACAGCCGUUCGAGCAGGCCAGUCAAGCGUUGUUGUUCCUGUCGCCUCACUCGAGUUACCAGACCGGUUCGGAGGCGUUCGUCGAUGGUGGCUACUUGAUCUGGUAGACGCUCAAAGGUGUGUCGUCUCGGCUUUCUGUCUUUGCAGUCGUGCUCUCUUCUUUUCCGUGUGAAUACAAAGAGUGAUAUCCCAUUAUUGAUGCGAAUGAAAAAGAGGCCGAAAUUGUGCCAAGUGAAUAGAUAAUAGGUGCCAGUUUAUCGCAUGCCGAACUCUGGGCGCCCGCGUCGACCGAAUCGGUUUCCCUCUCUCUCUCUCUCUCUCUCUCUGUCGGCCUCUCCAGAUAGUCAAAAGCUCGACUCUCAACUUUGUCGUUUUAACACGAAAUAUUGGACGUACGGAAUUGUCCUUCUCAAGCGACUUUGUUCGUUCGCCGUUUCGCGCGCCGCCCUCGCUCCAGUUCGGCCUUGUGGAAACGCUCGACCGUUCCGCUCAAACCGUCUACACCCCCACACGAGGAUCAUCUUCUUCCAUGGCCCGCUUCUGGUAACCCAAUUCGAUCAGCUUCUCCUUCGUCUCGAACGGAAUCAUUCGGCUCGUCAUAAUCGAGCCGGAAAGGAUGAUGGAUACCCCACCUCCUCCAGCUUGUACGAUCCUACCUCCCUCCAAUCCGACCUCUACAUCAAGUCAUGACCCUAUCCAAUCGAUCCCAACGAUCUCUAGCAAAAGCCACGCCAGCACGCUUCAUCGGACCCCAUCAUCGUCGACCCACUUCGUCGCUCCUCGACCGACCUCCCUGGGAGACCACCACCCCCAGCAACCUCAACCUCAGCCUCAACCUCAGCCUCAACACCGUUCCUCCACCGCUUCUCGACAAGGUUCCCCAGCGUCCAAUCGGAACUUUCAACAGUCUAGUUCAGGAGGGUCCGUAUCCGUAAGAACCUCUAGAACGCAGCAGCCUGAGAAAGAAGUGGGUAAGGGGUCCAAGUUGGGUCAAGUGAAAGACGGGGAGGAGCUGGGGAAUGAAGAUUCGGAUGGGGAGGAGCACGGUUUGGAGAGAAGGAAGAGGCAGGCUUGGGGGAAGGGGUAUGUGAGUUGGGUUUUUUUGGGGGGCAAGGUUAGGUGGAGUGAUUUGAUGCGAGUGCUGCGUGAGGGUUGCUGAUUAUCAUUUUAUUUUAUUUUCGUCCCUUUCCCUUUUCGAACCCCCCCGACCUCACGACGAAAAAAGCUGCACGAACACGAUUCGAUCCGUAACGAUUAUUCGCACCACUACGUAUCGACAGGUCAAAGACCACAAAAUUACAUUCGGGGUGCGAAGGUGGAGGAAAGGUUUUCAGAGUCGGUUUUUGAACUCAGGUCCGAUCAGAGUCUUAGUUGAUUCGUCCGGACUGAACCCCCUAUCCUUUUCGAUCAGGUAUCCGAAACUUUCCCGCCUGCUCGACCUCAAACAUACCCUCCUUUCCUCCCCCUCCAACUCACUCCCUCCAACCUUCCUGAACUUACCUCCCUCUCAAACUCCCCUCCGGAAAACCCUCUUCACCACUCUCGAUCCAACGACCCACAAAUUCGACGUCAUACUACUCACACCUCCCCCUUCCACGAACUUUGACGAAUUGAAAGCGUUGGAUUUGGGUAAAUGGAGUCAUAGUCCCGGUUUCGUAUGGUUGUGGGUUGGGGAUGGCAGGAGUGGAGCGGGAGGUGGGGUCGGGUUGGAGAGAGGAAGGGAGUUGUUGGGGCUUUGGGGGUAUAGGUAGGACAGAGUUGGCGACGUGGUUCUGAGAGGGGAAAGAAGGUGCUGAUUGGUUUGACCGUUGACGAUGCGCAUAGACGAUGCGAGGAUAUCGUAUGGUUAAAGACGAACAAGACCCAACCGGAUUCUCAAGACAACAGUUCGGUACGUUUCAUCCAGACCUUCUCAUAAUCGAGACCCUUCUUUGAGCUCAUACUUCUCCGCAACGCUCACCCUUCAGCCGUCCCUCUUCACCCCCUCCAUCGAACACUGCCUCAUGGGGAUCCGAGGCAUCGUACGCCGUUCGACCGAUCCUUGGUUCGUGCAUUGUAACGUCGACACGGACGUCAUGGUGUGGGAAGGUGAUGAGCUCGGUACGUAUCCCUCCCUAAAUAUCCCACGCUCGUCGAAGACGUCCUCGGCUGAGCUUCGAUUUUGCGUCUCAGAUCCCUUACUCAAGCCGCCGGAACUACAAUCCCUUAUCGAAAACUUUUGCCAAGGGACGAGGAGGUUACACCUCUAUGGAUCUCCAAGGUCGUUGAGGAGGGGUUGGUUGACGGUGGCGAUCCCUAUCACGCCAACGUCUUCAAUAACGAAUGACGAGGAGGUUUCCGAGGUUUUCUCUGAAGGAUCCUUCGUCAGGCCGAUCGAGCGUGAAAGCCAAGAAUGGACUCCGACAGCUUUCGAUUCCUCGAUCUACGCAUCUCGCAUCCAAUCCAUAUCCGCUUCCGCUUCCUCAACUCUACUCACCUCCCUCUCGCAACUCAACUUGCAAGACCCCGUCAGCACCUCAUCACUCCCGCCUUAUCUCCCCUACCACCCCGAACUCGACACCCUACGACCCAAAUCACCUCCAGCUCGCGCAGGCCAAGCAUCUUCCGGCGGGUUAGGCCGAGGUCGAGGUGCUGGAUUGGGCGUGACGAAAAGUUUAAUUGCGAAAGGGGCGUCGGGGUUGAAGCAGCGCGGAGGGGGAGGUAUUAUCGGAGGCGGAAUGGAAAUGAGAGGUGCGGUGUUCUUACCCCCUUCUUCUGCUGCGCCAACUUUGUCGACUUUGUUACGAAGCGACUACUACGAAGCGAUACAACCUGAUGCGAUGUUGGACCCGAUCGAGCUUCCGGAUCGGACGACGAUGGAGGAUGGGAGGACGGGAUGGAUCUCUCCGAGGUUCGCAAUUGCUCAAGGACAGGGUCAAGGAAGGGGACAGGGCGCUUCGUUCGAGUUGCCUUUGCAUCGACACUAUCAAUACCAAGUGCCAUAUCCGGUUUUUCAACAGCAACAGCAACAGCAGCAGCAGUCUCACUACGCAACAAACGUUUCGCACGUCGUCCGAACCCCAAUUUCAAGCUUCCCACCGCCGCCCCACCCCCACUUCCUCCCCUCAGCGUCUUCGAUGCCUUAUUCGACCCCACAUGGUCAGGCGCAUAGCGAAAGUAUGCCAUAUCAUCAGCAACAGCAGAAUCAGCAUCCCCUGGGUCGUGGUUCCUCGUAUCCGACUUUUGACCCUCAUCAGCACCAGCACCAGCAGCAACACCAUUUGGUUCCUCCGACUGGGUUUUCACAAUCGCAAUCGCAAUCGCAAUCGCAAUCGCAAUCGCAAUCGCAAUCGCAGUAUUACGCAGGACUGCAUUAUCAGCCACAGCAACAACUCCAGCAACAGCAGUCCUAUCAUCCUCAUCAUCAGCUACAUCCUCCUUACCCCUCGGUGCCCGCUCCUUCGGCGUUCCCCUCUCCGAGAUCAGUAGCAUCGGCAGCAAGUGGUGAUGGGGACUGGGUUUAUCCGAUCGGACGACCAGGGCUAUGA